AUGCUCCUAUUUUCUAAUCCGUGCCGUGUCAUAGUUCAAUCAACGACACCAUCCCCCGGUCUAGCCUUGGCGACAUGCAAUUCAUCUCUUUGUAAAACAUCAGCUACCUUCUGUUCUUCGAAUCUUGAUUGUGAAUGUUUUUCAUUGACUAAUACUGUUAAUGGAAGUAUCUCGGGCAUUUGUGCUAUUGCCGCUCUUCCCUGCAGUUCAAUGAUUCGAUGUAAUUCAGACAAUAUUACAUGUUCAAUUGCACAAACAAUUUGUGUUAACAGUACACGAUGUCAAAAACCUGUUUGUUAUCCUAUGGCAUUGGCUUAUAUUCAAAUAUGCCCUCCAAAUCGAAUAACAACUAUGACUCCAACAGUUACGACGUCAUCAACAAGAGCUGCAAACACAACAGUCGCUCGAAACGCAACAACUACAUCGGCAAUAAGAGGUCUAUAG